AUGGCACCCCUCCAGAACACCAAAACCUUCAAGCUCAACAACGGCGUUGAGAUCCCCGCGGUUGGCUUCGGCACCUUCGCAAAUGAAGGAGCUUCAGGCGAGACAUACACCGCUGUCCAGCACGCGCUUAAGACCGGAUACCGCCACCUAGACUGCGCCUGGUUCUACCACAAUGAGGCUGAAGUCGGACAAGCUGUCCGAGACUUCCUCGCCUCCAAUCCUUCUGUGAAACGCUCCGACAUCUUCAUUGUCACAAAGGUGUGGAACCACCUCCACGAGCCUGAGGAGGUAGAAUGGAGCUUCAACAACUCACUGCAGUCAUUCGGCCUGGACUACAUUGACCUGUUCAUGGUCCACUGGCCGAUUGCUGCUGAAUCGACCGAAGACCACCAGCCUAAGAUCGGCGCCGAUGGCAAAUACGUCAUCAAGAAAGACUUGACAGAGAACCCAGAGCCCACAUGGAGGGCGAUGGAGAAACUCUACCGCUCAGGAAAAGCCCGUGCUAUCGGUGUUUCCAACUUCACAAUCAAAGACCUGGAGAAGGUCUUCAGUUUUGCAGAAGUCAAGCCUGCAGUCAACCAGAUCGAGAUUCACCCCUUCCUGCCCAACACCGAGCUCGUCGAAUUCUGCAAGAAGAACGAUGUUUUGCCCGCCGCAUACUCGCCGCUCGGAUCUCAGAACCAGGUCCCUACGACCGGAGAGACUGUACGCUCCAACAAGACGUUGAACGAGGUUGCUCAACGAAGUGGAUACGAUCUUGGCCAGGUGUUGCUUGCGUGGGGAUUGAAGCGAGGUUACAUUGUUCUACCAAAGAGCUCGAACCCCAAGCGUAUUGAGGGCAACUGGCAGAUCCCCGACUUGAGCGAUGAGGACUUUGAGGCAGUGCAAAGCGUUGCUAAGGGAAGGCACACACGCUUUGUCAACAUGAAGGACACCUUCGGAUACAACGUGUGGCCUGAGGAGGAGUAA